AAUAUGAACAAGAGAUCAUAUAAGCUUUUCUCUGUUCACAAGCUAAAGCAAUAUACUUUCCAACAACCUUGUAAAAUCACAUGUAAUUUUGUUUUGUCAAUAACAACAAAUUUCCUUGUUCAUUUAUCAGCAAUUUUCUUAUUCAUCUAUAGUAUCAGUGAUGGGUGACAAUUCAGGAUGCAAUGAAACCAAUGAAAUUGUUGUAAACGUAAACAAGGAUGUCUCAAACAAAACUCAAGAAGAUUCAAACGCUCAUGCCACUGCUUCUCUCUUACAGAAGUUGGUAGCUGAAGUGGUAGGAACAUAUUUUUUAAUAUUUGCCGGUUGUGCUGCUGUGGCGGUGAACAAGAACAAUGACAAUGUUGUCACACAUCCUGGAAUUUCAAUUGUUUGGGGACUUGCUGUCAUGGUUCUUGUUUACUCUCUCGGUCAUAUCUCUGGUGCUCAUUUCAAUCCCGCGGUUACUAUUGCUUUUGCUACCACCAGAAGAUUUCCCUUGAAACAGGUACCAGCUUAUAUUGCAGCUCAAGUCUUUGGUUCUACACUUGCAAGUGGAACUCUAAGAUUAUUAUUUACUGGCAAACAUGAUCAGUUUGUAGGAACACUUGCAGCUGGAUCAAAUCUGCAAGCUUUUGUGAUAGAAUUCAUAAUCACAUUUUAUCUUAUGUUUAUCAUAUCCGGAGUUGCCACCGAUAAUAGAGCGAUUGGUGAAUUGGCUGGGAUUGCGGUUGGAUCUACUGUACUUUUGAAUGUGAUGUUUGCAGGGCCAAUCACAGGAGCAUCGAUGAAUCCAGCCAGAAGCAUAGGACCAGCUUUAAUACACAAUGAAUAUCGAGGAAUAUGGAUAUACAUGGUUUCUCCGAUUCUAGGAGCGGUGUGUGGUGCAUGGGUCUAUAAUGUCAUUAGGUACACUGAUAAACCAGUUCGUGAAAUCACCAAAAGUGGAUCUUUUCUAAAAGCAGCAAAGCCAUAGUUAUGGUUUUCGUUCAUUUAUAGCAUGUUUGGUUUCUCCUUAUAAAUGCCACAUGUUAUGUUCUAUCUUUUAGUUUAAAUAUAUGAAUCUCGAAAUUUUUAAGGGAAAUCAAAAUGUUACUAUAUAAAGAAAUUGUAUUAAAGUGUCAUUUAAUUUAAAGAGACAAGAAUUUGUCAGAUUUUAAUUUUGAAGAUCAAUGUUAAUUAACAGUGUAAUAUUAUAUCCAUAAAA